CCCUAGCUUCAGCCAACUGGACUCCUCGACUUGGAACAUCGAUAUGCAAGAACUCGAGUACAACCCAUCGAAGAAAGACUUGACAGAUGCCAAGAUACAUCACUUGCUGGCCGAGGAACUUUGCAAGCCUUAUCGAAGACACCGUAGACUCAGUUACUCUCGGCAUGCAGUUGAUGACAGGGAUCUGUCGACUCAAGUCAAUUAUCGUACUCAUAUGAAUAUCAGGAGAAUGGUUGGUGAACGUAAACAUCACAAGAGAUCCAAACGAGUCAAUAAGGAUGGUACCAGACAGAAUCAUGUCAGUUUUCCCGAGUUCCAACAAAAUGGAUCUGCUAAACAAUUUUCGCAUGAUUACUUAAAUGAGGUCCUACAUGAACAAGGCGAAGAUGAAGACACACUAACCAUGGAUAAACCCAUCGAGUUCUCGACUAAGAAACCAAUGGCUGUGAUAAACCAAGUGAUAUGA